GCCCCACUCCAGGACACGUUCUCCCUUGCAUGCUGGAGUGUGCCCAUCAUACAAACUGUGUCUCUAUUGUGACUUCUUCUCACAUUUCAGAAGCCUUUCUUUGUGAGUGGUGAGGAGCGGGUGGUGUGAUUUUCAGACUGCACUGUGCCAUGCACACCCACAAACUCUAACAAUCCCUUAUGAUGCUCAGCUAUCUGCACCAUUGAAGUGGACAGUCUCCAAAAGCAUCUUCUGCAGUGUGGGGUUGACGUCUCUUGCACCAUUUCAAAGGAGCAAGGAUUCAACUGUAUCAAUGUGUCUGAUUGUGCCCAGCUGCUGUGUGUACAUAUCCUAUUGAGGCUGAGAUCGACACAAUGAGCGCGUCACACUACACCCUGGCACUUAUAGCCUUGUGUCUCAUCCAGGGGUCAAUCUGCCAGUGGUCUGUUUGGGUCGAUCGUUCCAUUUCCGUUUGGGAAGGGGAGACCGUGGUAUUAAACUGUUCCUUUCAAUACCCGGAUCCGGUCCGAGAUCCAUCUACGGUAACUGCCCGGUGGCUGAAGAACUCGCCCUUUCCUGGCAGCCUGGCCGCUGAAAUAUACAACAACAAAAACCUGGAGAGAGUGUCAUCUGAAGUGCAGCUGAUCGGGGACCUGAACGAGAGAAACUGUACACUCCAGAUAGAAAACAUCCACAAGGCAGACACCGGGACUUACUACUUCAGAUUCGAACUGGGGCAGGGAAACAACUGGUCAGGAGAAGAUGGGAUCAGUGUCAAUGUAUAUGGUCGCCCAACAAAACCAUACAUAUCCGUCCCCACGGAAGUCAUUGAAAGUGAUGAAAUUGUAACUUUGACCUGUUCCACCGACAACAUUGAUCAAAGAGGAAAGGCUAGCCUGAGCUGGGAAGGUGUCGAAGACCUGACGGAUUUGACCCCCAAGAGUGAGGAACAAUGGGCUGGUUACUCCUGGUCACUUAAGAGCUACCUGGCCUUCAUCCCAUCCCACCAGCACCACAACCAGCUCAUCAAAUGCACGGUUAACUACACGCCAUACCCAUACUCCGAUGAAACCUACAUCAUGCUGCAAAUAAGAUACCCUCCAAGAAAUACCAUCCUCCUUGUGAAUGCAACGCAGGAGGAAGUAAAAGAAGGUGACUGCGUUACGCUUGUGUGUGUUGGGAACAGUUUCCCCGAGGCUAACUACACCUGGUACAAAAAAGAACAAUCCAUGAAUAAAACGGAGAUCCUCAAUACUGCAAGUGGCGAUAUAUUAUUCAAAAAAAUUUCAAGGAAGAAUUCCGGAUUCUAUAACUGCAUGGCUACAAAUUAUUUGGGACACAGUUUGUCUUCAGAAGUAGAAAUUGACGUGCAGUACAAACCGGAUAAAGUUACAAUCAGCCAGGAACUUCUAUACAAGUGCAUUGCUGAGGCCAGUCCUCCUGCAGUCAUCACAUGGAAGAUCAGUGACGACAGUAUAAAUCUCACUGAUCCCAGGGUCAGUAUAAAGUCAGAAUUCAAUGGCACUCAUACAGUUAGUACACUGAAAUUGGAAACAACAGCAAGCUUUUGUGUUUCGUGCCUAGCUCAGAAUAAACAUGGAGUGUCGGUGACAGAGAGGUGCCCACCUGGUUCAUAUACAAAAGUGUUGCUCCUGAUCGUUGGGGUAAUUGCCAGUGGAGCAGUUGUCAUCAUUAUAUUUAUAAUUGUCGCUUGGAAGCGGAAGAAAGAAGUGAUUGAAGGGCAAGAGCUGGAGAGUGAUUCCCAACCAGUGAUCUAUACUGAGGUACAGACACCAAAAAAGACUGAUCCAGAAGGCAAAGAUGCAAGGAUCCAUGGUGAAUUGGUAGCUCGGAUUCAGAACUGGCUUACCCAUAACUCCGGGAACUCAGUCUGAGACCAGCGGGAGACGAGAGAAAGAAUUUGCCUAUGCCAACCUGCAGCAUGAAUCAAAUGGCAAACAAGCUAAAGGUCAGAGCAACAGAGUGGAGUUCUUGGGAGCCGUGUGAAAGAACCUGGAACGAAUGCCUGCAAUCAGUUAAAUAACACACAGGCAGCACAGAAUUGACAACACCUGAAACUGGAGCCGAACAAGGUGGUGCGUGGUGGUUUUUACGGGUAAACCCUGACUGUAUUUUGUUUGUGCAAUGAAAACAAAAUAGGCACAGGCUGUUAUCUAUAUAAUAUAUCAGAAACCUUGCAGAUUAUGUGUCCUUCUGCAGUUUACUUCCACACUUUGUGGCACACUUUCUCCUGCCAAAUGUUUGCCCUUUCUACUUCUCCUCUUCUGACUCUUUCAAUCAUAUACGUUUCUACUUCCUACUUUGCUCCUUGCACGGAACUUGCACGCCAUUAAUUUAUUUACCCUGCUUCGUUUAUCCCAUCCCAGUUCGCUCAUCCAAUUUUUUUCUGCUUACAACUUGAACCCAGUCUUUACUCUCAUAGUUGUGAGUAAUGUCCCAUAAAUGGGUGAACAAGCCUGGCUGUACACGAGGGCUUUGUAAAUACUUCUAAACUCUUUUUAUCUUGGAUGUGCAGAAUAGUUCCAAAAUUGUCUCCACCAAUGAAUUGAGCUAUAAUACAGCGUAGACAGUGUAUUAUGCAGCAAACAAUAUCAAUGAACUCAGUAAACAGUCUACAUAAAGAAAAAACAAGAUUCUCCCAAUAAUAGCACGAUAAUGUCCCUAGAAGAAAAUGCAAAGCAUGAAGCAAUGCUACAUACAAAUUGUGUGCAUAAAAUCAACCUGGCACUCACAGUAAUGUGAGCAUCAUACCUGAUUGAUAGAAGAAUUCAUCCACCAUUUGCAUUCUACUCAGUACAAAGGUUGCCAUUAUUUGCAACCUUGGAUGUUAACUAAGUCUCCCCCUGCUUUUGCAUUUAAAAAAUCACAGUACUGGAAAUAUGUGCAAGCUCCAGUAUUGGAUGGAACAGUGGAUGUAAAAUGUUGUUCUCUUACCUUGAGCGCCUGAAUCGAAUUUCACUGUACCUCAAUUGGUACAUGUGACAAUAAACUGACCUUGACCUUGACACAUUGAAAAUAAAUUAUCCUCUGCACAUGGGAUCAGAAUUUUCUCAGUCUACUGACUAAUAUGGUACGAUCUGAACAGUGAGUUGUAUUCAAAUUUUUACUUACCCUGGGUCUGACUGAUCUGAUUUAAAUUGGCUGAGCAUGCAUGGUGACUGAAACCAUUCCAGAUGCUGUUAAAGUAUACCACAAAUAUCCUAAUUUACACCAAGUCCUGUUUACUAAAUGACCGUCAUAUCUUGCUGAAAACCCCUGUUUAACUUUGGGUGUGUUAAGGUGCUCACAGGCUGGUGCAGCUUAGAGGGCAUUUUACAUUGUAUUUAACAACAUGAAUGUUUAAUGCAUUGCGUUCCAAAAGAGCCAGUUCUUCAACAACACUCACCAAGUAAUCUGUGGAUGCACUGGAGUGGGUGUAGGAAGGGCAAUGAAAGGCUGUCAGAAAUUACCAGUCCUGUCUGCAACAUAUGAUAGGAAAAAUAACUCUUUUAUUUGUGCUCAUUUCUUCUGACGUUGACAAGCAAAAUAUUAUCAAAUUAAACUGAGAAGCUCAUGUAAUUUGUGCCAGCUAAUUAUCUAAAGCAUUUAUAUAAAGAGGAACAUUAAUUGGAAGGUAAAGCUUUACAGGAGGAGGCUGCUGGUAUAGUGUAGGUGACAUUGCUAGGUGAAGAUGAAUUAUGUGUCAACUCUGCCUCUUUACACAGACAUGAAGGGUUCAGAAAAGGUUAUUUUAGCUGCAAUAUCUUCUCCUUUUUACAACACGUGUAGAUAAUUGUAUGCACUUCUAAACCACAAUCUGUCAAUGUUUCUCGUAAACACCACACCCUUGUAUGUUAGCCAGUGAUUCAUUGUGUUGGGAUUUCCCCUCGUAUGCAAAUAUUCUCAGAAGAACACGUAUAAGGUUUUCAUAUCAUUACCUGCUCCCAAACUCCAAACCUUCCUCUCCUUCUCCUUACAAUUAUUAUGUUUGGUUUCCUUUCUCACUGUCCAUCUCCCAUUCAAUCAACUGCCUCUUCAGGUUCCCAAGUCUGGUUCCCAAGUCUGGUUCCCAAGUCUGCUUGAGCACAUUCCCAAAAAGAGCAUAUUCCCACUCUUUUUCCCUUCAAUUAAUGUCAAUCUGACAGGAGAGUCUUUGCAGAGCGCUACCUUCUCAUGCCAACUGCAUUGCCACAUUCAUUAAUGCAUUGUUGGUCAAUCUUCUUUCAUUGAUUCCCAAUAUUGAUUCUACUGUCCUCUGAUUUUUCUUUUGGGUGUUGUCGGCAAUAUCCUGGAAUAUUAAUCUUUACUCCUGAGAAAUCCAGGAAAAUCCAGGAGAACUGACAACCUUUAUGUGUUAGUCUGUAUGAACCCAUAUCUAUCUAUCUAUCUAUCUAUCUAUCUAUCUAUCUAUCUAUCUAUCUAUCUAUCUAUCUAUCUCCUAUCUAUUUACAUUGCUUGCUAGCUUUUUUUCUCUCUCUACCUCUAUACGUAUCUCCACAUGUAUUGAUCUAAUCACAUUUUUGAACAUUUUUCUGUCUCUUUUUCCUUCAACCUGUCUUUCGCACUCUUGUUCUCUGUUAGUCUUACUUUAUAUAUCUCACCAUUUUUCCAUUUCUAUGGAAACAUCUAUUUGCUUUUUCCCGACCUACUUUAUUUCAUUUUCUGUCUGUCUAGCAUUCUCUUGCCCUCUCUCUCUCUCUCUCUCUCUGAUUUGUUUUAUUCACUUUAACUUACAAUGUAGCCUAACAUUCCAUUGUAAAACUUCUACAGAACUAAAUUUUGGCAUCUAUUGGAAUAAUUGCAAUUAAAAUAUAUGGUCUGUCAAUACAAGUAUAGGGAGGAGUUUAACUAGAAACUAACAUUAAAAGUACCAUAAGUUAAAUCUAGAAAUAAUUUCAAUAAUUAAUCAACAUUUUAGCAAAUCAGAAUUAAUCAUUUUGUGUUUCACUAUUCUUUAUAUACAAAAGCUUAUUUCUGUUACUAGAAAUACUCAGAAUCUCCAGGCACUGAAUCUCAGGAAUGAACCAUGCCACCACUUCAGUGGAAACGAGAUUUGUAUUUCACAAAGAGAUUGUAUUAAUAUUCUGAAUUUGGAUAAUUAUACAAUGCUUAUAUUUGUUAACAAGUCUGCAAAAGGGAGGUGGUGCACCCAUCCAGCUGUGCCUGGCUAGAGUGUAAUGCAAUGAAAUGCAGGACAGCUGUGGCUCUAUAGCAGAGGCAAACAUUACAGCGUUACUCUGCACAGUUAUCUUAACUUGGGCAAUGCUGAUAUCAAAUUGGUCAUGAGUGUCUAACCCACCUGAUCUCUCUCCCCAUUGGUCGCUGGUAGAGAGUGGGCAGCCAAUUUAUCAUUGACCUCAGCCAUAGCUAAAAUAACCACACUUUGUGCAAUCCACUGACAAACAGUAAUCAGUGGCCUGGGGAUGUAUGGUAUAUUACAAUAUCUUAUUUUAUAUAUUUAGUGGAAGUAGCCUUAUGACUGUACAGCUGUGUGCUUUGUCUAUCAAUUACACUGUUCAUUAAGAUUAUGUAAAAAGUAUGUAAAUUAUAUAAUUACAGUUUAAUGAUUAACGCAUCCUGACAAAUAAAUUAAAUCUGUGUAUUAUUAAGA